AUGUCUUCUUUGGUGUCAUUUCUCUUCGACAAAAUCUACACUAAAAGAAAUGUGUCCAUGUAUGUUGAUGUCGAAAUUUCUAUGAAGUUUGUUGGAGACAAAGUUGCGUAUGCGCUUUCUCAAAGUUUGAAGGUGAUUGCUUGUAUUGGGGAGACUCUUCAAGAGCAGGAAGAUGGAACAACUAUGAAAGUUGUUGCUGCACAAACUACGACAAUUGCAGAUAAGAUAAAAAACUGGGAUAAUGUUUGGGCUAUUGGAACCGUAAAGGUUGCUACCCCGGCUCAGGCUCAAGAAGUAAGUAGAAGGGUAUUGGAACAGGUUGCAUUCUAUUCUAACAGAUCAGAUCAACAAGUUUGA